GCCAGUUGGCAGUACAGUGGGAGCUCGUGGAAGAGAAACAGGGUUGGCCCUUUUAAUUUAUCCAAAAUUUACUUCAAAAUCAGUGAUAGGAGGGAAAUAAAAAUACGCUUAUUGUUAGUUUUGAAAUACUUAAAUCUGAUUGGAAACUAAGUUAACCAAAUAUCCACAACUAACCUUUCUGCUUGGUAGAGGCAAAUUAGCGUGUAGCCAGCUAGUCGCGAGUAGGACGCCAACCUUUCGGUUAGCAAAGCUAAAACUUCAUUCGGCUGUUCGGGACGGGCGAAUAGUAGCCUACUAUCUUUACUGUUAGCUAGAUAGCCUAAUUUCUCCAGUUACAUUGGUAGCUAGAUUCGGACAACAUGUUCAGUUGGAGCAACAAGAACGGAAAAAAAAAAGACCCCGAAUUAUUUCAGACUGUUUCGGACGGUUUGCGGCGGCUCUACCGGACCAAACUAUUCCCCCUGGAAGACACGUACCGCUUCCACGAUUUUCACUCGCCGGCACUGGAAGACGCCGACUUCGACAACAAGCCCAUGGUUCUGCUGGUUGGGCAGUACUCGACCGGGAAGACCACUUUCAUCCGCCACCUCAUGGAGCAGGACUUUCCCGGCAUGCGAAUAGGCCCGGAGCCGACCACGGACUCCUUCAUAGCGGUCAUGCACGGCGAGCAGGAAGGGGUGAUACCGGGCAAUGCGCUGGUGGUUGACCCUAAGAAACCUUUCCGCAAACUCAACGCUUUUGGCAACGCCUUCCUUAACAGGUUUAUGUGUGCUCAGAUGUGCAACCCUGUGCUGGAGAGCAUCAGCAUAAUCGACACCCCAGGAAUCCUUUCUGGAGAGAAACGGGGUCUCCGCCAAUCCCAGGACUCCCACCAGACAUGUGCCUCCUGUCAAUCCCGGAUACACAACAUAGCUGUACGAUGUGCACUUUCCCUUUUGAGUUCACUACUGGCACCAUUGGACUGCACCAGUCAGUUGGGUGGGUGACUUUCUCAAUCACUCCCAAGUUCUCCAUCCUGUCUAUUCUGUAGCACCCCACACAGUGCAGACAGCUGUGCACUACGGGCUGGAGGCCAGACGACCCACACUGACCUUCCAUCCAAGAUGGCGUCUUCCUCUUCAGACAUCAUGUCUUCUGUUGUAAUCUUCCAUAUGGCAGCCUCUUCCUCAGUUCGAAGAACACUAGCUCUGGUCUUGUGCAGCUGCAAAACAGAGGAAAACAGAAAUUAGACCACUAAAAACAUCAAAUGAGGGAAAAAUGUAAGAAAUAUAAGGGAAAUGAUUAUUUUUUGACUUACUCUUCUCUUCCUUUGCCUCAUGCGAGCAGCGAUCCUGCCCUCCUCUUUCUUCUCUAGAUUCUCUUCUUGAGUCAUCCUGUAACUCCUUCGAAUAGUUUCAUAAUAGGUCUGGCAGUAUGCUAGAGUGGCAGAAAAAGUUUCAUUUAUUUCUAAGUGCAGCCUAUACAGUAGAACAGUACAUUGUUUAGCCUAUUGUUUUAGGUUAGUUUAGGGCAUUAGACAUACUGCCUAACAAUGAUAGGUCUAACUACCUAGACAUGGUGACUCACCUUGUACAGUGUCAGGAUCCACAUCUGGAAAAGCCAUGGACAGGAAAGGAAGAUUGAUUAAAAGUUCAUUUAGAAUUCCAGGUAUACUGUUAUAAAAUAAUCGCGAUGGUACACAACAAAACAAGUUAGCUUACCUUGUCUGUGGAUCAUAUCUGUGUGUGUUGUUUUCAGCAUUAUGCAUUCUCCGCACAGCUUCCUGUAAAACGCAAAAAUAGUAUAAUGGUUAAAUUCAAAUUAUGGCAUGAAGCGGAUAAAGAAAUGCGAACACAUCAGAAUGUGUGCGACAGUCAUGCAAAAAGAAACUUACCGAAACAGUUAUUUCCCGCUCCUUUUAUCCUUUUUUGCGCAGAUUAUUUUUUUUUCCCUCUUUGAGUCAGACAUCACAGAACUCAGUCUUACUUCCCCAAGAUAAAAUGAUCCCUCUCCAUUUGUUUCAUCUCGGGCCUCCAUGACUGCUUUUGAAUGACACAUGCGUUCCCAGUAUCCCUUUUUGUUGCAUCUCCUGCAUACUGAGCCUUGUGCUGGGCAGCCUGACUUCUCUUUAUGUUGUGUCUUUCCACAUCUUGUACAUCUUUCCUUGCUAUAGCCAUAUUGACCUCUUUCUGCUUUAUUUCCCCAGCUUUGUUUUGAUCUUCUCUCUCUUUUGUCAUAAUUCCCUGUUCUGAGUGUCCCUCUCCCAGACUGCUGUUUAUGCCGGUUUAUCUCCUGGAUGCUGCGCAAGGGCUCCCCCUGCUAGCUAAUUUGUUGCUUCACGUCCUCAGCUUUUCUAACCAUUUGAAUAGCCAAGUCCAGCGUGAGAUGUUUUAUAAGCUGGUGUUUCUUUGAUAGGUCUUUAUCGCAGAUUCCCACCACGAGUCUGUCUCUAAUAUUUUCGUCCCUUUUCUCGCCAAAUUCACAGUUCUCAGAAAGUUCGUACAGUGCACAUACUGUAUAAAGUUCUCAGCUUUCUCAUCUGGUUUCUGUGUCUGCUGAUGGAACUGGGCUCUCUCAUGUAUGACGUUCUUUUGCAGUACAAAGUACUCAUCAAACUUUUUCAAGAUGACGUCAAAGUCACUCUCACUCUCUCUCAUAGGGAAUGUGAAUGAUUUAAUUACAUUCUCAGGCUCGUAGCUCAUUGCAUAAAUUAAUGUGCGCGUAAAAGCACGGGGCGCCUGCACAAAAAAAUUCAGAAUGGUGAUAUUUGCGUGAUCAGUUUUCUAUCGCUCAUUUGCACGUCAUGUCAAUGAUAUCAUGUCACCGUGUGGGUCAAUUAACGUUGUUGGAGUGGGCGCCCUGAUUCUAGUUUGUGAGCUAGGCAGGCUACUGCCUGGGAAGGUCUCCCACUCAGAAGUAUGAGAUGGAGAGGGGGGUGGGGGUAGGCUGACCUCAGGUCUCCCCACUGGAAGCCCGAGGUAGGGGGAGCGGGGCGCACCUCUAACUUUGUACAGUACUAAUGCAAUUAGUAAAAUCAGUCACACUACAAAAUGCUACCAAA